AUGUUUCCUCUUCUUUCCCUCCCAAGUGAUCUGCUACAGCCCGUCAUUGAUGCUAUUGACGAUGGCGCCACCCUCGUGGCCCUUGCCCAAACCUGCUCGAUGCUGCAGCCUCUCGCGGAAGCCCAACUCUUUAGAAACGUCUACAUUCGCAAUGGGCCGGAUGCACUGAAGCUUUCGGAGGUCCUGGAAGGCUGCCCGCGCCGCUUCGACUAUGUCUACACGCUGGAAGCCACGCCGAGCCCUUUUGAUUGGGCGGGUAUCGAGAGACUGCCGGACUUGGUGCAGAGGAUGAAGAAGCUGCGCGAGCUACAUGUGGAGAGCCCGCUCAUCAAUGCACAUCGGUAUAUGCCUUGGUGGGCUGAGGGACCGGUGGUGGAGUACAUGGGAAUGUUCGAGAAGGCAAACGAUCUCAGCAUCGCGGAGGCGCCUCUUAGAAAUCUCACGUCAUUAACCUUCCACUCCAACGGCCCCAGCACACGAUAUUACCACAUACGCACCAUACUACCCGUUCUCCUUUCGCGCACCCUCCGGUACCUCCACGUAUCCUGCAUCAACAUGAUCGGGGAUUUUGGGGGCGACAAUCUCGGUGACGAAAGGGGACGAACACCUCUCCAAACUCUCAUUCUUGACGAAUGCUACAUCACUCCAACAGGUCUGCGUACCAUUCUCUCACUCCCACGGAAUCUCGUCUCGCUUUCGCUUAGGGAGACAGAUAGGCACCUUGGGCACGGUGGAAGCAAGCUUAAUGAAGACAUCGGCAUCGUUCUGUCGGCACUUAGUCAGCAGAGCCACUCACUGCAUUUUUUUCAGCACAGCUGUCCGGGUUUCUUCGAGCACCGCCCCCAGAGCAUUCGAGAGCUCAGAGCCGCUUGGGAGCAGCUGGAGAGAUACGCGAGAGCAGCGAAUGACUCUCCCGGCUUCUCAAAGUUCGCACAGCUUAGGACCUUGGAAUUGAGCUGGCUUUCCGUUCUUGCCCAUAUUCUCAGCAAUCCAGCCUUGGCGCCUCCUGCUCUCGAAACGUACCGCCUCAUGGAACUGGACUACGGUUACGAGGGCAACUGGGAACACAUGCCCGCACACAUCUCCGCGGUCGCAUCAGCAACCCCUUUUAAAUGUCUCGAACUCCAUACCCUGCCCUGUCACGCACACCCCAGCCGCCUCUCUCGGACAUUCAUGCUCGAAUCCCGCGCGAAGAAACUCAUCGAGGUCGCGCGUAUCGUAAAGUCGCGGAACGCCACAACGGCUCUUGUGAGCUAUGAGACAAAUUUUGGCACUAUUCCUCCGUAUUUGUAUUGCGAGGAGCAGCCGAAGAGCAAGGUGUGUUUCGAAAGUGAGCGGUUCUGGAAGGAAGAGGAAAAGUAUGCGAAACUGGUCGCUGAGGGAAAACAUGAAGAUAGGUUGGGGGAAGAGGAAGGGCCAGGUGAUGACGGGACGGUGCUUGCUGCGCGGAUUAUUACGGGGUAUCGAUGCUUGGGACUCGCCGAGUUGGCCUAA